AAAUUCACAUGGCGCCACAGGCAGUUAUAUGCAGCAGUGAGAUUAGGAUUAGGAGGAUCAUUCCAUUACCAACAAAAUUCAAUCGACUGACUCUUUCUCUCUCUGAGAGAUUGGGAAUCUGACUGAGUACUGAUGACUAGGGUUUGGCUUCAGCUGUUCUUCUUCUUCUUCUUCCUGCUCUCAAUCUCCUCCAGCUCCUACGCUGCUUCACCACACACCUUCACAGUCAAUCCUUCUAAAGUCAGACAGAUCUCAUGGAACCCUAGAGCUUUCGUGUACGAAGGUUUGCUCACGGACGCUGAGUGCGAUCACUUGAUCUCCAUUGCGAAAUCGGAGCUGAAGAGAUCGGCCGUGGCCGAUAACUUGUCCGGUCAGAGCAAGCUCAGCGAGGUGCGGACCAGCUCCGGCAUGUUCAUCCCCAAGGCCAAGGAUCCUAUUGUUGCUGGUAUUGAGGACAAGAUUGCAACAUGGACAUUUCUUCCAAAAGAAAAUGGAGAAGACAUACAAGUAUUGAGAUAUGAGCCUGGGCAGAAAUAUGAACCACACUAUGAUUACUUUGCCGACAAAGUCAAUAUUGCCAGGGGUGGACAUCGCAUAGCAACUGUACUGAUGUACCUUACUGAUGUGACCAAAGGUGGUGAAACAGUGUUCCCUGAAGCAGAGGUACCUUCACGCCGUAAGGCUGCAGAAGUAGAUCACAGUCUCUCUGAGUGUGCAAAGAAAGGAAUUGCAGUGAAACCACGAAGAGGAGAUGCCCUUCUAUUCUUCAGUCUCACCCCACACGCUGUUCCAGACCCAAAAAGUCUCCAUGCUGGGUGCCCAGUGAUUGAAGGAGAGAAAUGGUCAGCAACAAAGUGGAUUCAUGUCGACUCAUUUGACAAGAACUUGGAUGCCGGUGGGAACUGUGCAGAUCUGAAUGAAAGUUGUGACAGAUGGGCUGCCCUUGGAGAAUGCACCAAGAACUCAGAGUAUAUGGUUGGAUCUCCUGAUCUCCCUGGCUACUGUAGGAGGAGUUGUAAGGUAUGUUAGAAUUCACUUCCUGAUUUCCACGUGGACCAUCCGUUGGAGGCUUCCUGUUCUGUUGUGGUUAUUCAUUAAUUUUUUGGUGGAUUGUAAUCCUAUUUUUCAUUACAAGCGUUUUACAGACGUAUAUAGCUGAAUAGAACUUUGGCAUUUUGGGUUGUAAGUCUUUGCUCUAAUUGUACUUUUUUUUUAAACUGUACCCAUGCUUUUCGAAGAGAAAUGCGGCAAUAGAAACCCACCAAAAGAAAUGUGUUGUGUCGAUGUAUGUACUUGAGACCCAAAAUAAUGACUUGAAGACCAUUCUUUUAACAUAUAGAUGGACUGAUCUGGCAGUUGCGUA